AUGGCCCCGCACAUUGCGACGACGACGACGAGGAACAACUCGAUGAUGCGACCACCAAUGCCUGGUCGCAAAAUGAGGCGGCGAGGAAACGUUUUUCUUAACGCGGGAGGAAAGGCAGACGAUGACGAUAUGAAUAAGACUGCUCCCUUUCGACUCCCGAAUUCCCUGUGGACAAAUCAAUCAGAUUUAAAAACGCCGGAGCAAAAGUGCUCGGACAUUUACCAGUCGUACGCGACGAUGGCGGCAACGAGACUGGUCAUGGCCCAGGACGAUGGGUUCGGAAACGAGUGCAGCGAAGACGUGAACGUGAGCGAGACGACGAGUAAGAUUUUAACGCACAAGGAGAAACACAGCAUGCUCUCGGGAACGAGUUUCGUGCGAAGCAUGUUGCAAAGCGCGGAUCCAAUCUUAAGGUCGGCCGCGUUGAGAAUUAUAGAGACGAGACGAGUGUACGUGUCCGAAAAGGAAGGGAUGGAUUGGGAGAGUAGCUUUCGAUACGCGAAGGAGGAUAUGGAACAAUGGCGGGUGAAGAUGUUGAAACGCGUGGCGGAGAAGUCGCUCGAAGGAGAAUGA